AGUGCCGAUGCUCCCCAAACGGCGGCGAGCGCGGAUCGGGUCCCCAGGCGGCAAUGCCGCCUCCUCCGAGCGGCCCUCGACGCGCUUCCCUGGCAUCACCAUCUACUUGGUCGAGCGGCGUAUGGGUCGCAGCCGCCGGGCUUUCCUCACACGCCUAGCACGCUCCAAAGGUUUCCGCGUCCUCGACGCCUGCAGCUCUGAGGUGACGCACAUUGUGAUGGAGCAGACCUCAGCAGAGGAGGCUGUCUGCUGGCAGGAGCACAGGGCAACAGCUGCCCCCUCAGAAUGCACGCCUGCAACUCUGCUGGACAUAAGCUGGCUCACAGAGAGCCUGGCAGCUGGGCAGCCUGUACCCAUGGAGUCCCGGCACCGCCUGGAGGUGGCAGAACCCAGGAAGGCGCCCCCAAGCUCAAUAUGGAUGCCAGCCUAUGCCUGCCAGCGCCCCACACCCCUCACACACCACAACAUCAGCCUGUCGGAGGCUCUGGAGACGCUGGCAGAGGCAGCAGGCUUUGAAGGUAGGGAGGGCCAUAGCCUCACCUUCCUCAGGGCAGCCUCUGUGCUCAGGGCCCUUCCCAGACCUGUUGUAGCCCUGACCCAGCUGCGGGGGCUGCCUCACUUCGGAGAACAUUCCUUCAGGGUUGUGCAGGAGCUGCUGGAGCAUGGAGUAUGUGAGGAAGUGGAGAGAGUCCGGCACUCAGAGAGGUUCCAGACCAUGAAGCUUUUCACCCAGAUCUUUGGGGUUGGUGUGAGAACUGCUGACCGGUGGUACCAGGAAGGGUUGAGAACCCUGGAUGACCUCCGAGAGCAGCCCCAGAGACUGACCCAGCAGCAGAAAGCAGGUGUCCAGUAUUACCAGGACUUGAGCACCCCAGUCCUGCAGCCCGACGCAGAAGCCCUGCAGCAGCUGGUGGAGGCAGCUGUGGAGCAGGUCCUGUCUGGGGCCACUGUCACUCUGACUGGUGGCUUCCGAAGGGGGAAGUUGCAGGGCCACGAUGUGGACUUCCUUAUUACCCAUCCUGAGGAGGGCCAGGAAGCAGGGCUGCUGCCCAGGGUCAUACGCUGUCUACAGGACCAGGGCCUUGUCCUGUACCAGCAGUACCAGCAUAGCCUCUAUGGGGCUCCUGGCCAUCACAGCCACACCAUGGAUGCCUUUGAGAGGAGUUUCUGCAUUUUCCGCCUGCCACAACCCCCAGGAGCUUCUGUCAGGGAGGACCCUUCCUGUCCAGCAUGGAAGGCUGUGAGAGUGGACUUGGUGGUAGCACCCAUCAGCCAGUUCCCUUUUGCUCUGCUUGGCUGGACUGGCUCCAAGCUCUUCCAGAGGGAGCUGCGCCGCUUCAGCCGGAAGGAAAAAGGGCUGUGUUUGAACAGCCAUGGGCUGUUUAACCCAGAGCAGAACACAGUUUUCCAUGUGGCUUCAGAGGAAGACAUCUUCAGACACCUGGGCCUCGAGUACCUUCCUCCAGAGCAGAGAAAUGCCUGAGCCUGUGGCCUCCACUUCCACUCAGGAAAGGAGGGGAGGAGCUGCCCCUGACUUCGCCACUGAACAUCUCCAGGCAGAAGAUGCACCACUGCCUCCCUCUUCGUCUUCAGCCCUCCCGGGUGGAGGAACCCCACCUGUGGGGGCCUGGCUCUGCUAGAGUCAGUCUUGUCUGACCUGUCAGCCCCCAUCAGCUGUGGGGCAUCCAUGAAGUGGGGGCCUUCAUGCCCACCUCAUCACUGUGGCACCCUGGGUCAGCCCCCAGCCUCCCCAGGGCUCAAGUUCCCGCCCUGGAAGGGUCUGACCAAGGCCUGCCAUGUGGACCCAUGACAGAGACUGGUCAUGAAUGCCACAAUCUCUGCCUGGAACACAGCCUUGCAUCUGUUAGUUGCAGUUACUGUGACUCCUGUAGGGCACCCGGCCUGGAGUGUCCAUGCCCUGCGUUUGAGCCAUGAAGUGGCAGCUAUAGUUCUUGGUAUGGGGUGAAGUCUGGGGAGGGAGUGUGAGGAGGAGAACUUGCAGUGCUCAGGCUUCACCUCUACAGCCCCCCCCCGCCCCCCGCCCCCAGCCAGGCUUUCUGCUUCUGCCUUUAAGGCCUGUUCUCAGCACAGUCUUUUAAAAAUAGGUCACAUCCUGCCACUGCUCCCUCAGAGCCCUCUCUCUGGUGGUUCCAAACUCAGAUUCCUCGGUAGCUCCCAGGCCUCUGGUAUUUCUUCCCACCCCUGCCUGUUCCCUCUCUCCAGCCUGUCUCGCUGCUUUCCUUGAUGCUCCAUAGGCCCCAAGUGGCCCAGUCCUUCCCUUUUCAUAGAGGCAGAAGCACUGAGGUGGGCUGGACACACCUGUACCCUCUGAGUUCCUCACAUCCCCCCAAGCACACUUUGACCUUGGGGGCUUUGUUUUUGCCACACUGUCCUUCUGGGGUGUGCUUUUCCCAGCCUUCAUUCAAAAGUCCCUUUGUCGGGGGAGCAAUUCCCAGACCACUUACCACAUUAAAAUAUAUUUUUUAAAUGAAUGUGUAGUAAAAUGACUCUUUGGGAGUG